AUGGCUAGAGAUGAGCACGCUGCCGCAACGCACCAAGCCGAGCCAUCGCCGCCGCCGCCGCGCGAGCGCCCGUACCUGCUGCCCUAUAACCGGAAGCUGCGGCAUCUCCAGGGCAUAACCAUCCGCAACCUCACCCUCACCCCACUGCCCGCGAGGCCGCGCGGGAAGACGAUCGAUGAUGAAGCGAUCCCGAGCACCCUCAAGUCGCCGACAAAGGCACUAGCAAUGCGGGAGAGCAGAGCAUUGGCACACUCGAGAUCCUCCAGCGACCUGAAGUCCGCCGAAGACGCAGCUCGACGCAGCAAUGGCCAUAUUCGGCAGCCUUCCUCGCCUCAGAAAGCUAGUAGGCCGCCCAUGCCCAAAGGACUGCGCCGUAGAAGUACAAUAGAAUGGUCAGGUGGAAGUCCAUUGACCAGGCAGAAGAAGCUGGAGGACAUUGCGGGCAGUCGCAUGGCCGAUACGUUCUUCACUCUGCAUGUCGAUGACCAGGAAGAGCCGGUGUACAUCUCCGAGGUGGCAGAGAAGGCCAUGAACCCCAAUUUCCGCUUUUUCGACCUCGCAUCGUGCGGACCGAGCGUUACGCGACUCGACAAGCUCACCGUGAGGGUCUGGGCUAGGAACGAGACCACCAAGGGCUGGCAGUAUCUAAUCGAGCUCAAUGUCCACUUCAGGUCUCUGCAAUUCAUCGGAAAGGCUUUGGGGAAGUUCAAGCAUCCGCUGCCAGCGAACUGCAUCCUUUUCCACAUGACGGAUGGUAUCUACACGAGCUUUACGGAUAUGCCGGUUGGAGAAACUCUACGAUCCGAUGCCCUUGCGCCUCCAAAAGCGCAUCCCGACGGAAGGCUCCUUCACAGCUCAUCCUACGACGCCUUGAUGCGACUCAAUACUCUAGAUGACUGCAUUCAAGACGCUUUAGCCACCCGCGACAGGUUAGCUGAGGAUAUUGAGUCCAUUUUGAAUGAAAACAAGGACGCAUUUGCCACUGUCGAGCAGGUCCCGGAGGCGCAGGAACGGCUGAAGAUGGUAGAGGGUGCGGUCGCCGCCGAGAAGCGCCGAGUUGACGCCGUCCGGAGGAGACGGGAUGAGCUGAAGGCUAACAUACAGUAUCGGAAAGAGAUGAUGCAAAAGGGUCGCGGCCAGCAAUCACAAGUAGAGACCAGUUUGAUUCUCGACAGAGAGAAGCACAAGCACACAAAAGAGCUCGUGGAGAAAACGCUGGAGGACAUUGCCGGUCAGCGCAGGCGGAUAUGCGAAGACAUACAGAAGGUAUAUCCGAUCGAACCGGUACCGGGGAAGUCGCUCCUGUUUACAAUCCGAGGGCUCCCACUGCCCAAUACAGAGUUCGACGACGCGAAAGAGGAUGUUACGGCAGCAGCGCUGGGUUACGUCGCUCAAGUUGUCUCUCUAUUGUCGCCAUAUCUGUCUGUCGUUCUUCCGUAUCCGGUAACGGUGAACGGCUCAGCAUCCACCAUCGAUGAUCCGCUUGCGAUGAGCACAACCACUCAGAAUAAUCCCCGGACGUACCCGCUAUUCAUGAAAGGCGUUGUUCGCUACCGAUUUGAAUACGGCGUCUUCCUCCUCAACAAGGACAUCGAGAUCCUUUCAAAUUCGCUGGGCCUGCGUCCCGUCGACAUACGGCAUACGCUUCCGAAUUUAAAAUACCUUCUCUUCGUCGCUACAGCCGGAAAAGGCGAGCUACCUACUCGAAAAGCUGGCGGGAUCAGAGGAUUGCUGGGACGUGAUGGGAUACUGUCUCGCAAGGGAAGCAUGGAUAGCACGGGUACAGCAAGCAGCUCGGGAGCAACUAUUCCUGAGCCGAAGAUGCGAGUAGAGGGCUAUUCGGAUGGACCUAAGAAAGGCAAUCAGUCGAAGGCGAACGGAGCUCCCAUUCUCUCGAAAUCCAGUAUGCAGAACCAGAAGGGAAGCUUGCUAUCGGGUAGUAGGCUGAGGGAAGUCGAAUGA